AUGAAACUUUUUCAAGACUCAACCAAUCUUCUUUUCCAUCUUCAUAAUAUUAUUCAAAGUUUUUAUUUAAAAAAUAUUAAUAAUUUAAAUAAUAAAGAGAAUCUUAAUAGUAUAGACUCUAAAGAUAUCUAUAAUCAAUCAGAUCAAUUUUCAAACUUUACUAUAUUGAAACAACUUAAGGUGUUUAUUAAGGAAUAUAGGGAGAGUGAAAUCAAAACAGCAAUUAUGAUAUUUCUCAAGUUCCAAAACAAUAUUACUUCUGGAUCCGGUGGUGCUUCACUGAGAGAAUAUGGAGACAAAUCUAAACAUUCAACUAUUUGCAGUACUAAUCGAGAAGCUGCCAAAGAAUCUGUUGAUAAAACUAGAUUCGUUAUUGGUGUUGGUAGUGGUAAUUUGACUCAUAUUCAACGAAUGAAAGGUGUGAAAUAUAGUCCUGCCACGGAAAGAAUCACCGAAUCUCUCCAAAGAUACAGUUUUGAUUACAAACAUCAAUUUCCAACGAGUUCAAUACAUCUCAGGUUUUUGGUCCAAACAUCGAUAAACUAG